CCGGCCUGGACAUCAUCCUCCGCAAUCAUCGCUUCAGCACACGAGGGCAUCCGCUUCUUCGCUCCUCGCCUCUACUGCGCUCGCCCGCCGCCCUGAACCCACGCCUUCUGCACAGUAGCACAGGCUGUUCCGAGGCAAGAUGGAGAGUCCGGGCGCAUACCCUGAAUCGCCCGACGAGGAGGUGGUCUAUCCGUGCAAAGGUUGCGGAGAGAUUCUCGAGGAGGGCAAGGCGUUCGAGCUAGCUGGCAACCGAUGGCACAUCGACUGCUUCCGCUGCAACACGUGCGGCACGCUCCUCGAUUCCGACGCCAACCUGCUCCUCCUCGGCGACGGCUCGCUGAUUUGCAACAACUGCACAUACAGCUGCAACCAUUGUGGGAACAAGAUCGAGGACCUGGCCAUUCUGACGGGUGACCAGGCUUUCUGCGCGAACUGUUUCCGUUGCCGGAACUGCAAGCGCAAGAUUGAGAACCUGCGAUAUGCUCGCACUUCGCAGGGCAUCUUCUGCAUGUCAUGUCACGAGUCUCUCAUGGCGCGACGGCGGAAGAAGACCAAGAAACCACCUUCAUCGGCGGGCGUGCCACCCAAGGUGGACAAGUCAUUGCCCGCCUUGCCCCCCAGUGCAGCACAGCCGCAGACCCAAUUCACCCCAGACCUAGACACACCGUCUGAUGUAUUCUCGGAACCUGGUACUAAUGACGUUUCUCCUAGACCGCCUCACCCGAGAAGGAACGACUCCUCGCCUGCCAACUUCAGGCGCGAUGCAUCGCCAGCUUCCGCCGGUGAUGCUCGUAGAGAAAACCUGACCUUGCCCGCGAGCACAUACAAGGAGACGACCCACUCCGAGACGUCAGAUACGGGCGGAGACGACGGCAUCCUGCUCCCCUUUGCUUUGGACCCGAAUACAGCCCCGGGGCCGUCUCCACUCGGCAAGAGCCAGAGUCGGGGUGUCGACGCAAAGGCUACCCGCGACUACUUCAACCGACCGGCGGGAAACCACAGAGAGAUGCUGAAGGAGAAUAGGUCGCGGUCGGCUUCUGCCGAACGGCAGCCGACCAGCCCGCACAUUGCAUAUCAAGAGAAGGGAAGGCAGCCCUCCGACCAGCUAGUGGAUACAUUUCGCAAGCGAAAGGAGUCUGCCAACGAGUCGCCGUCGGUUGGCAAUGACCGCUCCCGCAGCCAACAUGCGUCGCCGGCCCCGUCGCAGUCUACUGAAGGGUUCAAGCUCCAAGACGUCCCCAAGAACAAGAAGGCGGAAGCAAGGAGGGGCUCCAGUGCCAGAUCCCCUGCGCAUAGCUCCCCUGCCAACGACCUGACUGGGCGGCUCAUGAGCCCUCCCGCAGAUUCUCUUACUGCGUCUCCAACCCCCUUGGAUUCACAAACCGGCCGCGAGGACUCGCCUGCGACGUCUGGCUCUUCAUCAUAUACUUCGACACAGCAGGUGGAACGGCCGGCAAGAGGUGAUUCUCUCGCGAACUCCGCGCUCAAGCCAACCGCAUCGAUCUCAAGGAAAGACAUGCCAGCUGCGUCGCCUACCACACCAACCCUAUCCCAACCGGAGCGGAAGCCUUCUGGCUCGGCCCCUCGGUCUCAGCAGAAUGGCGGUUACAAUAUCACUAGCCCUGUUGAUUCCCAGUCUUCAAGAACCCCAAUGGAACCUCCUGUGCCUCCUCAGCGUUCUGCUGGACGACCACCACCGCCUUCUACUGACACGUUCGUCUCUCCUAGGGCCCCUCCUCAGCCUCCUCCAUUACAUAACCACAAAACCACCGAAUCCGUCAGCACCGUCCAGAGUGAAACUUCCAACAAUGUGUUCUCUCCAGUUGGCCUUCCCCGUUACAGCGCUCAGGGUGACUUCUCCAUGGACGAGGACUUUGCUCGCCUUCUAUCGAACCAAGAAGGCCAGGAGAAAGAGAGUGGUGUUUUCCGCAGGGUGUCCAAUGCAGUGUCCAAGCAUGGACGGAGUUUCAGUGAUCGUGGAUCGGUGAACACGCGAGGCCACAAGAAAUGGCCGACCAACGGCUCAAUAGAAAUCAGCAGUCCCACGGUUGCUUCUCCUGAAUCUAAGGAGGAGAAUGUCAACCUAAGAAAUGAACUACGAAGGGCUCAGCAAAGAAUUGCCGAGCUCGAAGCGGAGAAGAACGGCUUGCAAGAAACAGUGCACAGCGCUGCUGAUAUCAAGCAGGCAAACACAAUGUUGCGGGAGAAGCGAAACACGAUGGCUGUUUUGGAUACCCAACGAGAAAUGGUCAUUCGGGAGCUGGAGAUCAUGACAGAACAUUUGAAACGCGCAAAAGAUAGCAAGGGCACUACAAUGGACGUUAACCAGCUGAAGUCGGACAUCCUCAAGGAUUUUGGAAACUCGUUACAAAAGCUCAAGGAUCAGCUUGGCGGGCAGAUCGAGGAACUGAUCUCGAAACGGACCACGCUCACGGAUGAAAUCUCCAGCCUGAUUCAAAUGAAAGACAAAGGGUUCCAGGAGUAUGAGUCGCUCAGCGCGCAAAACAAAAAGCUCUCGGACAUGAACCGAGACCUCAUUGAGUCAAUCCAGUCAACACUUAAGAGCAACAAACAGCACAACGGCGGCCAGUCCAUCGACGUUGGUCGGCCUCCAGCAAACGGCCUUGGAAUCUAUCACGCCCACCACAAAGGCGGCAAGUCGGACAUAUCCAUCGACAACCAGGGGAUGGUGCAUGAGCCCUCGUACUCGAAUCUUCAUGAUGCUGAGAGUGAAGCCACUCUCGCUCAACCACAAGUCGUGAACAUCCGCAAGACUGGUAAGCCGACAAAAUUCUCCAACUGGAAGAAGGGCGGUCAGGCCAUCACGAAGAAUGUCACCAAGGGCUUCAAGGGAGCAUUCGGCCCGUCUGAGCCCAAGCGCGAAGACGAAUACAACAUCAAGGUCAUCGGGACCCCCUACGGUUCUGUCCAUUCGCAACCCGAUUUUGCCUCUAUGACGAGCUCAUUGAAGAGCAAGGAAGAGCAGCCGACUCCACGCGGCUGGUUUGGCGGCAAGAGCACAUCCAAUAGGCCACAAGACCGCUUCAAACCUUUGCAGCACAACAACAGUAGCAGUAACCUCGUCGGUGAGCACGGUUCGGUCCUUUUCGGAUCGGACCUCAGCGCUCGGUGCGACUUCGAGAAGCGGAUGAUCCCAGCAAUUGUUAGUCGCUGCAUUGAAGAGGUGGAAUCGAGAGGCAUGGAUGUCGAGGGUAUCUACCGCAAGAGCGGUGGUAAUUCCCAGGUCACUCAGGUGAAGAAUGGCUUCGAGGCCAACAACGAAUAUGACAUAACGGACCCUGAUCUGGACAUUCACGCCGUCACUUCCGCUUUGAAGAAUUACUUCCGCCGUCUACCGGUACCCUUGAUCACAUAUGACGUUUACGACCAGUUCUUGGAAGCAGGCCAACUUGAGCACCCGGAACAGAAGGCGAAAGCGAUGCACGCCGCUCUCAAGGAGAUACCCCGUGCUCAUUUCGACACCCUCCAGUUUUUGGUCUUCCAUUUGUCUCGUGUGAUUCAGCACGCAAACGAGAAUUUGAUGACGCCCUUGAACCUGGCGGUGGUCUUCGCGCCCACGAUAAUGCGGCCCAUGGAAGUCCAGCGCGAGAUGAAGGAUGUUUCUGCGCAGCAAAAAGCCGUUCAGGGGCUGUUCGAGCACCACAAGAACGUCUUCUUCGACGAGGAGUAAAGCAACACCGACCGAUCUAUCCGCGCGCACUAUGCACUUCGAUGUUUGACGAGCUCUAUCCGGAUUUAUGCUUACCGUACCAUCUUG